UAUAAAUAAAUGUGAAUGGAUUAUCGUCUGGUUAAGCUUUGUCAGUACCUUCUAUGGACAAUUUCUAUUGUUCCUCUUCUUUUUAAAGUUUAAUAUGAAACCGACAAGUUGAGUGUGUUCUGCAGAACCAAGUUUGCGUUUGUUGGAGCUAUCCCCUCUUCUCUUGUUCGAGCCAAUGGGCUGCGACACGGUCCAGACUCGCGCGAAGGAAAGUACGGGGACGGCGGAUAUUUUGUUCUGAGUCUGGUAACUGGUAACAGAUGUAAUUUUGUUUUCCCUUCUCCAUCGUUGUCCACAUCCGCGAUAAAAAUGGGCAAUGGUAUGUGGGGUAUGUGACAUGCCUGGAUGACGGGACUGACGGGAGAUGGCCAUGGGGGAAAGGAAGAAGAAUGGGCAGUGUGUUGAUUGAGCAGGUCGACGGAUACGGAUUCGUGGCGGACAUGAAGAGAUUCCUCGCAGUGACACCCCUUUAUUUUUUUUCGUCUCUCUCUCGAGUGAGAAACGAUCGUGAUUAGUCAGCGAGUGAUUAGAGAUAAUUCACAACUCGGUGUAAUAAAAAAGUUCGUGUAUGUGUGUUAUGUCCCGCAAAAUGAUUGAAAACUAUAUUUGCCAUUUCCUCGCAAGGUUAUCACGUCAUUGAGGUGUAAAUUUUCGUCAUGUGACGAAUAGUGAUAUUAUGGCGUAUUUGUCGAAAUAUUUUAUCUUAAUCAAGAUAUUAUGAUGGGAUCGAGAUUGAGAGAAAAUGUCAAGCAACUAUUCGAGUGUUUCUGCGAAGUGGCGGCUCCAUCCGUUGAGAAACAACCGUGGAUACUGCAAAAGUAUCCGGAAACUUUUGCAGAUCAGGAAAUUCUCAAGUCCGUACCAAAAUUUGCUUAUCCGUGCGAAUUUGAAAAUACACUCGUCCAACAUUUCUCAUUCGUUCUAACAAGCAUUGAUUCCAAAUGGACCUUUGGAUUCUGCAGGCAUGAUCCAAAGACGCAAACUGCUCUAGUUAUAUUAAGUCCUUUACCUUGGCACGAGAUUUUUUACAAGCUUUUAAAUCAUAUAGCUACACUGACGUCGAGUAACAAUGCCGGUGAUCUAUGGAAAUUUCUUGGCAAUGUGUACAGUUGCGGGGUUCCCAUACCCGGAGCCUCCAUAACUAUUCCAUCACCGGAUCCAAAUAUUACAUUUGUAUGUCAAAGUCCGCGACAGUUCCAGCUGCCUAGUAUACCAGAGAACAGAAAUUUGACCGAAUAUUACAGUGCUGUGGAUUCGCAAAACAUGAUGAUCGUAUUCGCGUCGAUGUUGUACGAACGUCGUAUUAUCUUUACGUCCAAACGUUUGUCGAGACUGAGCGCAUGUGUACAAGCCUGCAACGCACUUAUUUAUCCCAUGAUUUGGCAACACAUAUAUAUACCGGUUUUACCAUUACCACUUAUGGAUUAUUUAUUGGCGCCCAUGCCCUUUCUCAUCGGUGUCCCUGCUCCUAUUCUUCUGCGCGUACGAAAAAGUGAUUUGGGAGAAGUCGUUGUACUCGACGCAGACAACAAUACCAUAGAGACACCCUUUCAAGACUUGGAAUCCCUUCCAACCGAUGUGGUUACAAAUUUAAAAAGAGCGUUACGUAACAGACCGGCCCUCCUUGGCGAUGGAGUAUCUAGGGCAUUCUUACGAGCCCUCGUACAAUUAACUGCUGGGUACAGGGAAGCAUUGACACUUCAACAGGGUGAACGCAUAACUUUCGAUGAAAACGCGUUCGUCGAAAACCGACCGACCUCGAUGCAACCAUUCUUACGAAAAAUGUUGGAGUUGCAAAUAUUCCAACAGUUUAUCGAAGAACGUCUGCACAUGCUCAAUUCCGGCCUCGGGUUUUCCGACGAAUUCGAAAUGGAAGCGUGCAAUUAUUCCGAUAAAUCGGGCAGUAAAUUCAUGCAACAAUAUCGCGAAUGGACUUACGCGAUGCGCAAAGAAGGAUCUGCUUUUUUUCGGAGCGUUAAGGAUAAGGCAAAUCCGGCUGUUAAAUAUGCUGUUAAGUCGGUUAAGGACAGAGGGAAGGAUAUGAAGACUGCGUAUAAAGGAUUAAAACUAAAAGGUCGCUCGAGAGGAAGUGAAAAUAGUAUGAGAUUUCAGCAGCCCCGCUCAGCACCAAGUUCACCGACUCUCGAUCGGAGACCCGCCAUGUUUGGUUCACCUUCGAAAUCGCCGAGUGGUUUCACCGCAACUACGAGUUACCGCAAAGAGCUUCGAAUUCGAAAUAUCAACGUUUCUGAUACAAAUAGAAAACAAUACUCGCCGUUGAGUCCAAACUCACCGGAGGAAACGGAUUCGCCUCCGGAACGACUCAACAUUGAUCUUAUGCACGAACUACAGGAUGUUAUUUAUCCUAAUAAUCCACCUGUCGAUCGAACCUUGAAACCAGUUCGCAGUUUAGACAGCUUGAGACCUGCAUGGAGUGGGCGCUUGAGGCACGGCCCCCUGCCUUGUACCGUAACUUCAAACGAUUAUGAGGUUUUCCAAAAACCCGCAUUACUGUUUCCUCAACAAAGCAUUCCUCCCAAUUGUGUCCAAGGAAUCGGCGAUUCUCCAAACGUCCCAAAGCAGCUCACUGGUAGUGAUUUUUUAAACUCCAGAAUCCCAGUGACAUCACAAUUUCUCGAUCACAAAGCUAAGACCGAGUCAACGGUUAUUUCGUCCUACUUGUCCACAGUUGGUCAUUCCACUUUUACCGAAGCAAACAAUGAGUUUUUCAAUAGGAUUCCUGGGACUUUGCAUCCGACUAAUCCUUUUAUUGGAAAUAUGCUCGAUUCCAUUUAUACCCAAGAUUCAACAGAGCGAGAAAAUAAUAGUCUUGAGCAUAAAUCUAUUUUGUCUGAAAACUCAAGCCUUCUGAAAAAUCCUUUUGAUUCUUGUAAUAUUCGCGUUGAUUUAACAAAUUCGAAAAAUACGAACGGUAGCACGAAAUAUUUGACUGGUCAAUCGCAGGAUCCGUUUGAUACCAGUGUUAUUCAAAUUCAUCCCGAUUCCAUCACAUCCCAUCGUCGUUCUGAAACUCCCAAACGACCUAGUGAUUUUCUUCAUUUUGCACAAAUAAAUACCGAUCGUCAUGCUACACAUGAGAAGACAUCAGCCCCUGUGCAGCAAGAUUUGAUAAGGCUAGAUUCGAUCAACGGCGAAGACGAGUUCAAUCCUCUUCUGUGGUCGAAUUCGUCAUCUUACGGAGACCCUAAACAAAUGACACAAUCGUUGCACAUACCGCAGAUGGCCGAGGGACUGAGCAAUCCUUUGUAUCCAUACUUUUUACCAAAACACAACAGCGGUGAUCACCAGCUAUUUGGUCGAGGGACCAAUGACAGCUUGAAAGAUUUUGAUUUGCUGCAAGAAUAUGGCCUUGAUUUUAAUAAAUUCAGCCUUGCUAAUGGCGCCUCAACCUCGACGUCAUCGACCUCUAAAGAAGAAACUUCCUGUGAUCGAAACAACCAAAAAAUUGAGUCAAUACGAGACGAUCCCUUCGGCAAUUCGUUUGCUCCGACCACCAUCAAAUCCCAACAGAAUUGGACGAAAUUUGAGUAAACAAAUAUGCCGCUCAUUGAAUAUUUACAGGACUGCUCACAUAUCAUUAUUUAUGUUAGGCUUGUGUCACGUGACCGGAACAUUUUUCACUUAGAAAAUUACAACGUUCGUUUGAGACGUUCACUUAAAUUAUCUUCGUCUUUUAUCUGUGGAUUUUUUGUGAUUAGCUACUUUUGAAACUGUUCGAGAUCUUCAGAGUCAUUGGCCCGAAAAAUAUUGAACAAUUUGUCAUUUUCUUUGAAAUCGAGCGAGAAAGGUUUUGUUAUAUUUAUAGCAGUCUGAAAAAUUGGCUCAAUCAAUGAAACAACUAGUAGCGUUCAAAAUUAUUGUAUCUUUUACUUUGAAACUUGUAUUUCGUAGUGAAAAAUUUUGUUGUCUUGUAAUACGAUGUAUUUUUUUAAAUUGACGUCAGAUUAUCUUAUAUUUUUGUUUCGUUUUUUUCCCACAAAAUUUUCUACCACUGGAAAUCUUCAGUUGAAUCAGAUUAUUUUCCCACGAGUCACGUGACAAUUCAGCAGGUGAAUGCGUUAAAUCGAAGGAAUCUCAUAAUUAUGGGUGAAUUGCUUCGAUCUAAUUGGUUUUAGGUUCCGAAAUUUCUUUAUGAGAAAGUUAAACUCGGGUAGGAGCGGUCACAUGUUCAUUCGCAAGAACAAUAGUUAUAGUAUUAUUUCGAUACUCAAACGGGAGAUGAAGAAGAGCGCUUCGGGGGUGACUCGGCCGAUGGAAAGUUGCUGCGAUUUAUUUUGUAAAUAUAGAUUAAUGGGAAAACAAAUCGAUUAAUAUUUCAGACCGUAGAGAACUCGUGCAAAGAAAGUCGCCAUCGGUUCUACGAUUAAUUUGUACAUUUUAUAGAUCUACAAGUGUGUGUUUAUACGUAAGAUAUUUCACGUCGUUUCACGAAACCGUGACCUUGAUACUUCAUAUUUCAUUUCUCUCAAAAUUUCUUGUCAAAAAGAUGACACUUCCGAAACAUUUGAAUCCUGGAAAGAUUAAUAAAUUACUAAUUAGCAGACUAAAAGCUUCUCAUGGGACUGAACCAACAAUUGUUUUUUUGGUAAUUGCUAUUCCUGUAGGUUUUCGAACAAUUGUUUGAAUUACGCUGAUCAAUUAUACGAUCGUUGGCGCACAUCUUCCAAUUUUUUGCAAUUUAAAUGUUUCAUCUCUUUCGAACAGACUUUUAUAUUAUGCUGCUCGUUUGUUUCAAUCGAUAUUAUUGUUUUACAGUUUUUUAGUCUAUUUCGAUGAACCUCGAAACUCGACGGGAUAACCAAAGGGUUGGUGAACCAUCGACGUUAUAACGUUUCCGAUUCUCAGAAAAUGAAAAGUUUCAAAGAAAAUUGAAAAUCGUCAGAAUUUUGGCUUUGUGAUACAGCGUGAGAUGCCUAACACAGAUACACACAUACAUAAAUAUACACGUAUGGAUAAACAAACAUAUUUAGUAUUAACCUCGUACGGAACAAGCAUAUUUAUAUCCGCAUUUUACAUUGAGUAUGCGCAAUUUAUGUUGUAUAAUUAAUCACGAUGAAAAAAUGCAGAGCAAUCGAGCACUCGAGUAACGACUAGAGAGAAUCAUUGGAAUUUUUGAGGAAAGUGAUAAUAGAUGUACUCAAUUAGAUGGGUAAUUCCAAGUUAUACUUCCAUUCGAGAAAAAUGUUAACUUUUUUGUUGAGAAAAAAACGAGUCAAUUGUUGUACGUUGUAUCGCAUAUUUAAAGACAAUAUCUUUUUAUAGAAACUGUUCAAAUAGCACAAAAUGAUUUGUAAUUAAAUUUUAUAACCUUGUUUCCCAAA